AUGGUGAUCGAGGCUGGUGAUAACGACGACAUCCAAGAGCCCCAAGACCCCCAAGAGCCGGGGAUGGGGAUGGAGAUGAUGAUGGAGACGGAGGAGGAUGAGGGGAAGACUGAAGAGACUGGAGAAACUGGAGGUGAGGUGAAUGCUGCUAUGAGUGCUGCUUUAACCGCUGCUGUGACGGCUGCUGAUGAUGCGACUGCCGAUGAUGCGACUACUGCUGCUACUGCAACCCCCAGCAUCCCCGACGUCCCAGUGGAAAAGGUGGAAAAGGUGGAAAAGGCGGAGCCGUUAAACCCUGAGCUUGAGACGGCGCUAACAGCCUUGCUGUGGCAAGCUUACGAUGUAGCUCUCCAACCCCACCUCCUCAAGUUACAGCGCGAUGUGUACGGUCAACAAUCCACCAACACCGCGAGUGAUCCAUCUCCUCCCCGACCUCCCUUGCUGGAGAACCGAGAGCUGGCCCUGAGUAUCGUGGACGAGGCCCGUAUGCGUUACCUGAAAGAGGGAACUGUGUUGGUCAAGUUCAUGCGCCAGGCCCGUAAGACAGCCUCCCUCCCGUGGGCUGUGGAGAAGAGUGUGAAAGACCAACUGCGGCAGUUUUUAAAUGAGACGCCGAUCAACAAAUCGAACCCGGCAUUCGCCCAGAUGUACGUGGAGUAUUUGAUGACAGCCAACAACCUCUCCGCACCUGACGAGCAGCCUACAAUCCGGCCUAACAACCAAGCCAACCAGCCUAACCAGGCUACCCAGACCACCCAGGCUACGAUGACCGACUCCGUACAACGCCGCAAUGGAAAGACUGGGUAGCUGUCGUCACCGACCUGCAAAGCUACACAAGUGUACUUCAUAGUAUGUUUGCGGAUGGUAGGGUGAACGGGGGACGACUGCAGGUGCUGCAAGCGUACACUGAAGACGUCUGUCAGCAUGUCGAGGAUUCCCGACCUAUUCAAGCGUAUUACGUAGAG